AUGUCACAAUUCGUUGGCAACUCAUCACUAGCAUUCGCACGGACCUGGCAUGCCGUCUCUGCCAAAAACCGUGUUCUCGGCCCGCUUGCAGUCAACAUCGCUAAACUGCUUAUGGGCAAGCACAAACCCAUCUACGAUCAAUCCAAAGAUGUGGGCGACUACGUCGUGGUCACCGAUGCCAAGCAGGUGGUUGUUACGGGACGAAAAGCGGACCAGCGUGUGUAUCGUCAUCACACCAUGUACCCCGGUGGAUUGAAGGAAAUCAAGUACAAAGAGAUGAUGGAAAAGAAGCCCGAGGAGAUCAUUAGGAAGGCGGUAAGCGGUAUGUUGCCCAAGAACACGUUGAGGGAUCGAAGGCUGGAGAGGUUGAAGAUCUUUGAUGGAGAGAAACAUCCGUAUGAGCAGAACGUGCUGACGAGGUAUGAUGGUGCGACGCCAGUGACCGCGAGUGCGAGUGUGGUGGGUGGUGCUGCACAGUCGGCGACCAAGCAAUGA